AUGACUGUGAGCUACGGUAGUGUUAUAGCAACUGUCAAGUACGGUUCGUUUUUUCGUCUUCUGUUUCGUUGGCGUGGAAGUCUUUAUAAAUUAGUAUGGCCAGGACUUCUGGUUUACUGUAUUUGUUACGCUUUGGUAGCUAUCGCAUAUAACGCAAUUCCAGAUAAACCAGAAUAUUACAAUACUAAGUUGAUGUUUGUUAGAAUAUGUUACUACUCUGGACGAGUAACAAAUGCUGUUCCAUUAUCUUUCGUCCUUGCAUUUUAUGUGAAUUUGGUAGUGGACCGGUGGUGGCAGCAGUUCCUCGCAUUACCAACUCCAGAUGCUGUAUGCCUGCUUGUAUCAGCAUAUAUAGGUGAAAGUUCGGAUUCGAGUGAGCAGAAAUUUUCGACAGGUGAUAUUCAAAAACCACUGGUUUAUAGAAGGACAAUUACUCGUUAUAUUAAUUUGGCUUCUGCUCUGUGUUUUCGCUCAAUAUCUGUUGGUAUGAAACAGAGAUUCCCAACACUGGAUAGCAUGGUUGUGGGCGGUUUAAUGACUGAGCAAGAGAUGGAAAUAUAUUCUAAAUUAGAUGGUUCAACAAACUGCUUCUUUGUCCCACUAGUUUGGGCCAUAUCCCUAAUUUCGAAAGCACGUGAAGAAAGGAUGAUAAUUGAUGAUCGACAUGUAGAUGCAAUCGUAACUCAAGUGAUCAAUUUCUGGGAAAAGCUAUAUACAUUGUGUAUGUACGAUUGGGUUAACAUACCUUUGGUUUACAAUCAAGUUGUAGCUCUUGCUGUGUACAUUUACUUCGGCGUUACAAUCUUCGCUCAUCAAUUUAUCGAUGUUUCUGUAAUCAUAAAAGCUGCCAACUUAAAAAUAAAUACAUCAAGUUUAACAACACCCAACAGUAGUAUUGUCGGGAAACCAAUCAAUGUUUUCAGUAAUCUGUCUGACCUCUUACCACCAUCAUCUGACAACAGUACUAGUGGUAUGCCAUUCCUUCAGGUGUAUCCAAAUUUUCCGUUAUUCACAAUUCUUUCAUUCAUUUUUUACAAUGGUUGGCUUAAAGUGGCUGAAUCACUUGUCUCACCUUUCGGUGAUGAUGAUGAUGAUUUUGAAGCUGUUCCUUUAUUGGAGAGAAAUUUGAAUGCAAGUUUAUAUUUUGUAGAUGCCAGUAUUUCAAAUCCUGAUUUAAUUCCUCGUGUAGUAAAAACUGUCUGUAGAAUUGAUGUUGAUGAUUAUGAUAAUGAGGGUUAUUCUGGUACAGGUAAUGAUGGUGAUGGUUAUUAUAGCCGAUCGACUACACCAGCAGCAGGUCUCCGAACAAUGCAUGGUUUUCGAUCAAGAGGUGAUAGUCAAAGAAGCAGUGUUAUGUCACCUGCCUAUUCUGAUCCUAGAUAUUUCCCACCUUCACCAUCAACUUUAAGAUCAAUUAUAGAUAAUGAAAUACCUUAUUUGCCACCCAGUCGUCAGCGUAAACCGUCACAUACACCCUUUAAAGGAUCUCUCGCUGUACUGGCAAAUCCAAAAGAUGAUGAUUCAAUAAAUUUACAAACCAACUCUCCUUACCUUGAUACUGAUCAGGGCAGUGAACAUCUAAGUCCGGAUACCUUAUAUACUUCAAUGGAAUCGUCUAUUCACCGAUUAGGAUCUAGGCUGAAGAAAUUGUCACACGUCCUACCAGGUCCUUCAUCAGUGCAUGGAGUAGUCCGUCGCACUCCAAGAUCUGCAAAUCUACCGAGGACAGAAAGUUUUACAUCUUUUCAAAGUGAUACUAUACCUGAAUAG